GGUUCUCACUUUGUAAUUCAAUUCAGCAAUACAGUCCUAGCAAUUGGGUCAUCACAGAAGUUUCUGCUUUCGAGUUUCAGUUAUGAUUUGAAUACAUUUAUCUCGGUUAAUGAGAUUGGGCGUUAAAUAAUAUUGUAAUUUUUACCACGGAUGCUCUUUGGCUCAUCCUGGCAUCAAACAAUAUGUGAAGUUUCUUAUAUAAAGAUAUGGUUAAAAAUAAAGGCUUCUUGCCGUCAGGUCCUUCGGAGAUUCCUAUUCAGCGUAACCAAAUAAAGGAAAUUAUAUAUUCCUUGCUUCCAGCUUGCAAAGAGCCUGAUGUAGAUUCUGGUAUUCCCUUUAAAGCGGAUGCAAUUAUUGCAAACCCCCCAGCAUAUGGGCAUACUCAUGUGGCGGAGGCACUGAAAAUACCUCUUCAUAUAUUUUUUACAAUGCCAUGGACGCAAGUUGAGGGGGAAACACGUGUCGGUGUGUUUGCUGCAAGAUCAAUAGAAGUCGGAGAGCCAUUAACAUAUGAUUAUAGGAGGAGAAUGGAGACCCCUACAAGGCUUCAAUUCCAUUGAUUCAGGCCACAAGCCCAGAAGCAGAUGUUUUACUUGCUUAUGAGAUGAAUGGAGAGGAAAGUUGAAUCCUACAGUUAUGCCAUUUGUUCAGCUUUGCUUAUCAAUCACAUGUUUCUGGUUUAUUGCAUAAGUAUUUGGUUAUGUCCCUGGUGCAUUUUGGUCGGCCUUGUAAUUUCUUGCUUUGCCUCCUUUUCAUUUCUGCCGAGUAGAUCCUCUAGUGUUCAAUUUUUUGGCACAUGGCAUCAGUAUAUUACUCUCACAUUGGAUUUUGUUUUAUAUUCUCUUAUCAUGUGAAGACUGUGAAAUCCUGAAACUGAUUUUUUUUUAUUUUUUUCCUUUACCUAAGGUUGUUUUUAGAAUGAGUUCUUUUAUCUUGUCAGUUGGGUACCUUUAUCUUGUUCUCUUUAUUCAUUGUUAUUGAUAGAGAUUGUUAAUUAAAUUAACUUUAUGUUUGUUUGCUUAGCAUCAGUGGGUGUUGAGAUGACGUGUUUGGAACCUAGAAGCCCACCUAGCCUAAAUUCUAUCCCUUCCACCGUUUUGCCUCUGUCUUCUUUUCUUUUUGGGCUUUUGUUUCCCAUCGAGAAACGUUUUUGGGGAGGGUACUACAUAGUUCCAGAUUUCUUUUCUUUGAGACGGGGGAUUGAAGAGAGAAGGAAGAGAGGAAUUUAGACCUUGGUUUUGAAAGAGAGUACAAACUAAGCUUGUUUCUGGUUUGGGUAUUAAGAAGCUCGGGUACUAAGUCAAGGGUGAGGGUUUCAUGUUUCUACUUUGUGGUAUCCUCUAUCUAUUUUCUUUGUUUUGUUAAUCUCCUUAUUUGUUUUUACUUUGGAGUAUUGGGUUUUGGAUCCUAAUUAUAUGUUCUGUUAGUCAUCAACUCAGUAUGUGUUUCGAAUUGUGAAUUUGAUGGUUUUAUUGUGCUGCAAUUGUUAUGGAUCAUGAUUUGAGAAUUACCUUAAAAUUAAUUGUGUUUUCAAUCCUCUAGUCAACAAGAGAGUGGUGUUGGCAAUGUGCACAUUACAUAUGACGUGACCAUGAUUAGUGGCACGGUCAUUGAGCUGUGGUAACUCGGGGGCUUUGGAAGCCUGAUUAUUUUCAUGUCUGAGUUUGCUGUGGCAACUGGUUGUGUUGGAGUGUAGAUUUUUCUGUGAUUAAUACCAGUGGGUUGAUCAUGACUUGGGUGAUAAAUUUUGGUGUUGUUUACUUUUCAUUUGGAGUACUGAUUGUUAGUCUUUACGUUUUCAUUUAUUUUUGUUUAGCUACUCACUAAGCUUUAGUUGUGCUCAUGCCUCCUUUAUUUUUUUUUUUGUUUCU